UCGAAAGGAGCCCCACCCCUUCGGGGGUGAUUCCAGGGACUAAGUAGUGGGAGGCAAGCACCUUCGGCGACAGCUCAGGUCUCAUCUGACUCGUGCUCCUGCUGGCUGGAACAUGGAAGAUUUGGAGGAAGAUGUGAAGUUUAUAGUGGAUGAGACCUUGGACUUUGGAGGGCUGUCACCAUCUGACAGUCGUGAGGAGGAAGACAUAGCAGUGUCAGUGACUCCAGAGAAACCCCUCCGAAGAGGACUUUCCAAUCGAAGUGACCCAAAUGCAGUGGCCCCAGCCCCCCAGGGGGUGAGGCUCAGCUUAGGCCCACUUAGUCCAGAGAAGCUAGAGGAGAUUCUCCAUGAGGCCAACCGACUGGCAGCCCAGCUGGAGCAGUGUGCCCUGCAGGAGCAGGAGAGCACAGGUGAGGUCCUGGGGCCUCGAAAGGUGAAGCCCAGCCCUAGGCGGGAGACCUUUGUGCUGAAGGACAGUCCCGUCCGAGACCUGCUGCCCACUGUGAGUUCUUUGACUCGGAGUACCCCCUCUCCAAGCAGCCUGACACCCCGACUCCGGAGCAGCGAUAAGAAGGGGUCAGUCAGGGCUCUUCGGGCAGCAUCUGGAAAGAGGCCCUCCAGUGUGAAGAGGGAGUCACCCACUUGCAAUCUGUUCCCUGCAUCCAAAAGCCCAGCAUCUUCUCCUCUUGCCCGGCCCACUCCCCCAGUCUGGGGCAAAGCUGGACCCAGUGGGAGAGCAACAGCAAGCCCGCCUCCCUCUGUCAGACCAGUCUUGGCCCCACAGCCUUCUACCAGCAAUUCUCAGCGCCUCUCUCGGCCACAGGGAGCAGCUGCUAAGACUUCCAGUCGACUGCCUGUUCCCUCGGCUAUCCCCAGGCCUGCCAGCCGAAUGCCACUCACCGGCCGGAGUGUACCACCCAGCAAAGGUGCCCUGCCUCCAGCUUCUCUGCCAACUCGGAAAGGAGUUCCACGACCAAGCACUGCAGGGCACAGAGUUCCCAUUUCUCAGCGACCAAAUCUUCCUGCCCCUGGUGCCACCCGCAGCAAUCUUCAGCCCCCCAAGAAAGCUGCAGUCCCAGGACCUACCAGGUAAAGAGAUUAGGACAGCAAGCAAGAAUUCCGUAGCAAACCACUACAGUCACUGCCUGGACUCACCUCUACUCGGCCUCCCAAGCCCUCUCAUGGAAGACAGGCCCCAACUCAAGCAAAUCCUGGCCCAGGAGCAGGAGAAAGAGAUCCCACCAGGGCUGGUGCCCCAGCAGUAAAGAGAUGGGAGAUGGGGUGGAUUAGGGUUGAGCUGGAGGGGAGUCAAACCCUGUGAGUUGAAAGAGGGUUAGGGAAAAGAGGUCGCCUCCUGACAGUGAAAUUAACAAGCAGAAAAUGAGAAAAGCCAGAGAGUAGUUUGUCCUCGUCCACCCCCCCUCUUGUGUUCAGUCUCAGAGAGUUUGAUCUUCUUCCCAGGCAUUGGUUCACUGGACAUUUACAUGUGAAUGGCCUCUGUAGCUAACCGCCCCACUCCCUGAGGAGCACCCUCUACUGAACUGCAGGCUUGUUUGGAGAGGCAGAGGCAGGCACCUGGUUUCCUGCAAAUUCUGUGACUCCUAACGGGCCAGUUGAUGAUAAGCUUACAUUGGGCUGCGUUUUUCUAAAACAAAAUGAAUGUAUUUUUCUAAUCUCUGUAUAUGUGAAAGUAAACUCUCCAAUU